AUGGCAGCAGCCCGCCCCGUCCUCAACUUCAUAACCGGCAACGCCAACAAGCUAGCCGAGGUCAAGGCCAUCCUCGAGGUCGCCGGCAUCACGGUGCAGAACCAGGCGCUGGACCUGCCCGAGAUCCAGGGCACUUUGGAAGAAGUCACGCUGGAGAAGUGCCGCGUGGCCGCCGACCGCGUCGGCGGGCCCGUGCUCGUCGAGGACACCUGUCUUUGCUUCGAUGCGCUGGCGGGGCUGCCGGGGCCUUAUAUCAAGUGGUUCAUGCAAUCCAUCGGCCACACGGGCCUCAACAACAUGCUAGUCGCCUACGACGACAAGUCGGCCCAGGCCGUCGCCACCUUUGGCUUCUCGCAGGGGCCGGGCCACGAGCCGCUGCUGUUCCAGGGGCGGACGCACGGCAAGAUAGUCCCAGCAAGGGGCCCGACGAAUUUCGGCUGGGACCCCAUCUUCGAGUACGAAGGCCAGACAUACGCCGAGAUGGACAAGGUAGAGAAGAACAAGAUCUCGCACCGCUUCAAGGCCCUCGAGAAGCUACGGGCCUGGAUCGAGGGCGGAGGCAUGAAGGCAUGA